CAGCAACUCAAGGCCUCGCUCGUCCUUCACAGCCGGCUGUCUUCCCCCCAGAUCGCUGCCAACUUGCUUCGACUCAUCCAACCACCCAACUCUCUCCACUGCCCCGAAACUAAACGAGCAACACCCGAUCCAAACCAUCCCAAACUCCCACGCAAUCUCCCUCAUCUCUCCGCUUCCCCCGCUCCGUCUUUCUGCCCACAAUGUCCGAGCUCCCGGCGGACCAGACCGCACCGGCCAGCCAGCCUUUCGAUGUUGAGCCAAACGAAAAGCCGGCCGACACAAUGGCCAAGCUCGAGCCCCAGGGAUCAGACGAGCUCUUUGUCGACGCGAACGAGGUCUUUAGCAACCAGGAAGAUGCCGACGACGAGGCCGAGCCGGACUUGGAGGACAGAGAUAUCACCCUGAGCCGCGGGCCACACCACGCCGAAUCCUCGCCCAGCGCCGGCGAGGAAGGCUUGGCCCAUGCCCCCACUGCAUCCCGGCAAGCCGAGAGGGAAGAGUCGCAGCAACCUAGCGAGGAUCAACCGCCAGCACCUCCUCUCAACCCAGACGGCUCUGCUGAUCUCACCUCACACGACGGCGCAAAGAUCGGCACGAUCCAAAGCCCGACCAAGCGAGGGCAUCGAAACCAGCGAAAGGAUCGCCAGCGCCCAACUAGCGGCGGAAAACCCCACAGUGCCGCCUCAGUCAGCAACGAACCCGUCGAUAGCACCGACACGGCUAACGAUGCCGACAAGGAGGGAGACGAGGCCUCUGACGUCCGAGUGCAGAGAAACAAGAGCCACUCGCGCGGGUCCCCCAAGCGGUAUGGAAGUCGAGGCCGAGGCGGUGGCCAUCCCCAACCCAAGCAGUCACAGGAGCCCUUGGAAGCGGCCGCUAGCCAGCCCAGCGCGGCCGAAAACGAGCCCGUCCACCGCCGCAACGAGCACCGAUCUCAGACUCCGGCAAAGCCUCUGGGAACCGCGCCCUAUGUCAACCCAUCUCGCAUUUUGAGCGGUGGCGCCGACAAGAAGCGCCUAACGCCCGAGGAACUGGAGAAGAAAAUGGAGGAGAUGAAGAAGAAAAACGCCGAGAUCCUGCGCAAGCAAAAGGAGGUAGAAGAGGACGAGAUCGCUUGGCAGAAAUCGGAAGCGGUCCGAGUCCAGCAAGAGAGGCAAGAUCAGCACCGGCAGCGCGAAAAGGAAGCCCAAGCCAGGAAGCUCCGCGAGGAGCACCACCAGCGCUCGAGACAGGAACAGGAUGGCAGCGACCGAAGAUCAAAGAACGGGGGUGGCCGAUCGGGCGUGGGUCGGGCCAACAGCAGCGGCCAAAACAAACGGUGGGACUCGGCCGGCACACCCCGACGAAGUGGCCGUGGCCAAAGCGAAGGCGGCGACUCCCGAGACCAACCUGCCCGCUCGAGUGCUGAACCUCACGAUGCUGGCGCACCCGUCAACGCGGAGAAAGAUUCCGGGCCCAAGGUUCCAGGUCGAGGCGGCCCAGCAACCGACGGCGAUGUGGUGGUCAUUUCGCUAUCGACUCUCGAAGCACAGAGCUUUGACUUGGAUGAGGACGUCGGGCGAUGGGCCGACUCAGUGUCUCCGAACCAGCCCUGAGGAGGACGUCGUUGGUGGCUUGCCCAUCAGGACCGAUCGCCCAUC